CAGGAGCUGCUCGUGGCCCUGGCGCGGCCCAGCGCCCCGCCUGUGAGCUGAGCUGGCGGCCCUCGAGCCGAGAUCGAGAGUGACCAUCGAGAGCAAAGAGCGCUCGGCUUUGUGUUCGCUUUCUUUGUUUUCCCGCUCUGCGGCAUCAUGGGGAUCCAGGGCCUGCUCCAGUUCAUCAAGGAGGCUGCCGAGCCUUCCCACGUGAAGAAAUACAAAGGAAUGACCGUAGCUGUGGACACCUACUGCUGGCUGCACAAGGGCGCCUAUGCUUGUGCUGAGAAGCUGGCUCGGGGAGAGCCCACGGAUUUUUAUGUAGCUUUCUGUAUGAAACUUGUUCAUAUGCUCCUCUCCUUUGGAAUUAAACCAAUUUUGGUAUUUGAUGGAUGUACCCUACCCUCUAAGAAGGAAGUGGAAAAGGCACGACGAGAGAGGCGUCAAGCCAGUCUUCUGAAGGGGAAACAGUUGUUGCAGGAAGGGAGACUGUCAGAGGCUAGAGAAUGUUUUGGGCGAAGUGUAAAUAUUACCCAUGCUAUGGCUCAUGAAGUUAUUAAAGCUGCACGAGCCCAGGGAGUUGAUUGUAUUGUUGCUCCUUAUGAAGCUGAUGCUCAGCUGGCUUAUCUUAAUAAGAUUGGCAUGGUUCAAGCUAUAAUUACAGAAGACUCUGAUCUUUUAGCUUUUGGAUGUAAAAAGGUGUUUCUGAAAAUUGACAAGUUUGGAAAUGGACUAGAGAUAGAUCAAACCCGACUAGGAAACUGCAAGCAGCUUGGAAAUGUAUUUACAGAAGAGAAAUUCCGCUACAUGUGUAUUCUUUCUGGUUGUGACUACCUCCCUUCAAUUCAUGGAAUUGGGUUAGCUAAAGCAUGCAAGUUACUAAAAUUAGCCAACAAUCCAGAUAUUAUAAAGGUAAUUAAGAAAAUGGGGCAGUAUUUGAAGAUGAAUAUAACGGUACCAGAAGAAUACAUACAAGGUUUUACACGAGCUAAUAAUACAUUCCUGUAUCAGUUAGUAUUUGAUCCUGUCAACAGAAAAUUAGUUCCUCUGAAUGCAUAUGAAGAUGAUGUUGAUCCAGAAACAUUAACUUAUGCAGGACGGCAUGUUGGUGAUGAUACUGCUUUUCAAAUUGCUAUUGGCAAUGUUGAUAUCAAUACAAUGGAACAAAUUGAUAGUUAUAACCCUGACACGGCACAGCCUGUGCAGCAGAGAAGUUGUGGCUGGAAUGACCAACAUGGUAAUCAUGUCAAUAGCAUUUGGAGCAGAGAAUACAAAUUUGGCUCUGCUGAAGAUCCUGCUCCUCCUAAAAUACACUUCCCAGAGAAACCAUUAACCAAAGGCAUGGAGAAAAUAAUUAGUGUUAAAGGACUAAAGCUUGCAGGCAAAGAGCUCUUGUCAAAAAGGCCAAGGAGUGAUUCAGAAGAAGUCUCAGAUGGAGAUCUGUUAAAGCAAUAUUCAUUUUCAAAAACAAAAAGAGUCAAGAAGGAGAAUGAUAAUGAUGGUCAAGCACAAAAGAGUGUGUCAGCAAUACAAGCCCUUGAUUCUCCAGGAAUUUCCAUCACUCAAGAAAGCACUAACUCCAUACCCAGAGUUAGAAAUAAAUUUGCUUCAUUUUUACAAAGGAAAAACAAAGAGAAGGAUGCUGUAAUUGUUCCAGGAACAAGAAGCAGGUUUUUCUGCAAUGAUGCAGUAAUGUUUGACAGUAGAGCAAAGAAGGAAGGUGGUGAUCUAACUGAAGAUGCUGAGCAGGACUGCCAGAAACAGGAAGGAAAACAUGUAGCUGAAGAUGUUUCUAGUUUUUCAGAAACUGAAAAAUCAUCACGGACUGUCUUUACAUCUCUUGGAGAAAUGCAGAAAAGUUGUUCUCAGUGGUACAGCAGCCUCAAAAGUAACUCAGGAAAUCUUGGUCUACCUCACACUGUAUUUUCACAGCAGUUUCACCAACGGAGAAACAACUGCAUUGUAUCCCAGGAAGAUCAGAUUAAUGCGGCAGUGUGUAAUGAAUCGGAGGAAGAGUCCUCCCCGUUAAUAGAACUGGAACAAUCAUCACAGUCUCAUGGGUCUUGUGAGCCAUCAGAAUGCAGCUUGGAGUCUUCAGAAAUCCUGCAAGUGUCCAACAACAGCUUAGGUGCAAAGGAAUCUGAUUCUAGUUCAAAACUGAAUGAUGAUCAAUGUUCUCUGUCUGAGCUAUUUUCUGCUGUUCAAACUAAUAAAAAAAAUACAAUCAUAAAGACCAAGGUUCCUGGAUUACGUAAAUCCAAUAAUAUAAGGUCACAUAUGGUAACAAAGCUCAAACCACUGAUACCAGCUAAAGUAAGUGGACUAAGCAGGAAACUGUCACCUGUGCAGAAGAGAAAGGACUGUGAUACUGAAAAUAAGCUGGGGCUGCAAUCUACUAUAGGGGAACUCUGGAAAAGCUUCCAAUUUAAAAGAGAAUAUGAAAAACUUCCUUCUUGUAGAAAGUCAGAUCCUUUGUCUCCAAUCAAAGAUAAUAUACAGCUCACUCCAGAAACAGAAGGAGAAAUAUUUAAUCAUCUGGAACACAGUCAUGUUCAAAGAGCUAUAUUCCAGUGAACUGCAUGCUGUUCAUGAUGGGAUGGAUUUUUAAUCAUUGUCAAAAUUUACCUUUUGGAUAUUUCAUCAGUAUAUAAAAGAUGCUUUGAAAACCAGCAAUGUACUUUAGUCUGACUAGUGAUUUAUCAUCUCUUUUAUAAAAGCAUGAAUUCAAAGGUACAGUUCUAUACUGACUGGAAUAAAAUAAUUCAGAUUUCUCUAAUCUCUUAUUCAAAGUCCCCAUGCUAAAUUUUUCUCCAAACACUUUUAGUUGCCCCUGGGCAUUUGUAUGUCUCACAUACAAUCCAAGUUUCUAUAAGAGCAGCAGAACAAGUUUGUGUCUUAAUUUGUAAUAAUUGAUAUUUUUUGCCUCUUUCUUUUUUCCUCUUGAGGCUAAUCUGGCUUCAAUACAGGUUUAAAACUGCUGUUAAGUGUGCACAGCAGUCUGCAGUAUACUUCCAGCAGUCUGAUAACUAUUUCUUUUCCCUAUAAGGUAAGAUUUGCUCUCUUUAAUGUUGGCUUUCUGUUUGGUUCAGUCGUGUUGGUGGUAGGAAUAACUGGGGAAAGGAAAUGCAGAAAGGAAUAUCACAAAGAUCUGGUCCCCAAAUUGUCACAUUAAUAGAAUGUGCAAUCCAAAAAAAUAUAAUGUAUUCUUUGCAAUAUAUAUAUGUAUUCUUUGCAAUCCAAAAAAAUAUAAUGUAUUCUUCUGUUUAACAUGUCUGUUUCACAUUUAGAUUCUUCUCCAACAACAGACACCCAAAAUGCCAGUCCUCAGAGGUAGGGUUACAAAAUAGCAUUGUCAUCACAACAGUUCCUUCAGUGUUCAACUAAAGGAAAAGAACGCAGGAGACUAGAGCCUUUGCUGUGUUUGACUCCAUUGCCAUGAAAUAGUAUAAAGAGAUUUCAGAUUUUUACCCUGCAAAUCAGGAUCUGAGUCACUGUUAAAGGUAUGCUUGAAACUUUCCUGUUUUUAGGAGCGGAUAGUAUUUCUGCAGCAGGUAAAGGUACAAAAAGAUAUCUUAACCUGUGAAAUACAUAGUUUCCAUUCCUGAGAUUUAAGCUUUCCCUCAGCCUUUGAGUUUUUUGUGAAUUUCAAGUUUGAAA